AUGAAACAGUCAUCUGUUCACUUCACACUGUAUACAGAAAAAAAGAAUAAGAAUACUAAAUCACGUAAAUAUAUUUGGAUAACUUUAAAUUCUGAAAUAAUUUCAGGUGAUUUCUAUGGUCGAAAUCGUGCAGUUCCUUUGCCUUGUUGUAAAAAAGGACAUACACAUCCAGAAUGUUUUGAUAUCAAAGGGAAAAAUGAAGAAUGUUUACCGUAUUCGAGAAGUCUGACAGUUCCAAAUGCUAAUUGUUCAUUUGGACAAAGACAACAGAUUAAUAUGGCAACAUCGUAUUUGGAUUUGAGUCAGAUUUAUGGAAGCAAUUCGGAAACUUCGAAUAAAAUGAGAUCUUUCAAAGAUGGUAAGUACUAAAUCGUUAAAUUAAAUACAAAUUUCAUCGAAAAGGUCAAAUGAAAAAUAUAUGGCUUUUAAGGAAAAUUAGCCCUUCGCUCAAUUUCCGGAAACAUCCAAAAGUUUGGUCUCCCACCAGCCUCCCAAGAUUCUGGAAAUUGUAAAACUAGUGCUGGAAAACCAUGUUUCUUUGCUGGAAGUAAUAAGAUCAACUUUUUACCAACAUCAGGAGCAAUGUAUACAAUUUGGAUGAGACAACAUAAUCAAAUUGCUGAUAAGUUAAAAGAAGUCAAUCCAAAAUGGGAUGAUCAGAAGUUAUUUGAAGAAUCGAGACGAAUCACAGUCGCACAGUUUCAGCAUAUCACAUUCAAGUAACUUAUUUUUGAUUAAUUUUUUCCAGUUGAAAUAUUUUUUCAGUGAAAUUGUUCCAACUCUUGUUGGCAAAGAACAACUUCGUGUAAUGGGGAUUCGUCUUCAAACAAGUGGUUAUGAUAGUGGAUAUGAUUUAUCAGUCGAUGCUUCAGCUUCUAAUGUUUUUGCAGCCGCCGUCGGACAAUUCUUCUUAACUUUAAUUCCAGAUAAGAUAAUUUCAAGUGAUCGACAAUUUCCAACACAAAAUGAUCUUUUGUCAAAGCAGUUCAAUGAUCCCUCAAUUUUAUAUGACAAAGGAAGACUUGACGGAAUUUUGAAGUUUUUAUUAAAUAGUCCAAUCGAAAAGCCAGGCCUUCAUAUUGCUAAAGAACUGAAGAAAACUUUUAUUGGAAGAAAUGGUGAUGUUUCUGAUUCGAUUGAAAUUGUAUCAAUGAUAAUUCAAAUGGGUAGAGAUCACGGACUCCCAUCUUAUUUAGAAUGGCGAAGAUUCUGUAAACUUGAACCAUUACAAUCAUUUGCAUCUCUACAAACACAUUUCAAACCUUCUGUAAAUAUUUCUGAUUUUGAGAGACUUUAUGAAUCACCAGAAGAUAUUGAUUUGUUUGUUGGUGGACUUUCUGAACAACCAGCUAAAGGAUCAUUGUUGGGAUCAACAUUUGCAUGUCUUUUUGCUCAUCAAAUGUCUCAAACUAGAAGAGGAGAUCGAUUUUGGUAUGAAAACUUUGUUUCGCCUUCAGCUUUCAAGUUAGAACAAGUUGAAGAAAUUCGGAAAACUUCAAUGGCUAGAAUUAUUUGUGAUAAUGUUCAGACUGUGACACAAAUACAACAUUUGGCUUUCCAACUUCCAGAUGAAUAUGGGUAAGUUCAAAAAGUUCUGCAAAUUUCUGUAUGUAAUUUUUUCAGAAACUGUCCGCUUCAAUGUAAUUCGUCGACUUUGAUUCCAUCAUUCAAUGCAGAAGUUUUUAGAGAAGAAGAAAAAUUGAUGACACUCCCAAUAACAAAAGAAACUGUUGAAAAAGCAAUUCGACUUGGACUUGAACAAUGGAAAAGAUAUGAAGAAGGUGAAGGUAGAAGAAUAAGUGCACUCCAAAGUGAUUCGUCUCCAUCUGCUCUUUUAUCUCACGCACUUCUUAUGGCUCCAAAAAAAGAGUCGAUUGAUAUUGCAAGAACUGCUUCAAUUCUUCGAGAAGCAACUAAUAUUUUAUUAACUGGUAAUGGUUUAAAUGCUGAUGAAAAACUACCAGAUUUGGAUAUUGAAACUCUUCAAACAAUUCUUCCACAAAUUGAUGUUUCUACAAUUAUUGGAAACUUUACACCAUUUCUUGGUAGAGAUCCAUUACCAAAAGAACAAUGUUUACCUGAACCACUUCCAUGUGAUCAUACAAAUAAAUAUCGAACAUAUUCUGGAUGGUGUAAUAAUUUGAAAAAUCCACAUUUUGGGAAUGCCUUCAGACAAAUGAGAAGAUUACUUGAUCCAGCUUAUGAUGAUGGUUUUGAUACUCCAAGAACUCGUUCAGUUUUAGGCGGAGAACUUCCAUCUGCUCGCAAAAUCUCAAAUAUUGUUCAUAGUGAUGCUCCAAAUUUCCAUGUGAAAUUCACUCAUAUGUUAAUGCAAUUUGGUCAAAUUCUUGAUCAUGAUAUGAUGCAUUCGCCAAUUUCAAGAGGACCACAUAAUACAAUUUUGAAUUGUUCAUCAUGUGAUUCAGCAAAAACACUUUCUAUUCAUUGUUUCCCUAUUAAAAUUGAUGCUGAUGAUCCGUUCUUCCCACAUCGACAUUCAAAUGGACAACCAAGAUGUAUGCCAUUUGCCAGAAGUCUUAUUGCUCAGGUUAAUCUUGGUUAUCGAAAUCAACUAAAUCAACUCACGUCUUUCCUUGAUGCUUCCUAUAUUUAUGGAUCUACACAAUGUGAAGCAAAUAAACUCCGACUUUUCAGUGAUGGUAAAUUAAAUUUUACUGAUCUUGGAUUCAACAAAGAAGCUCUUCCACAAGGAAAUCAAGAACGAGAUUGUCGAUCAAUUCUUCAAUCACCACAACGAAGAUGUUUUGUAGCUGGAGAUGAAAGAAGUAAUGAACAACCUGGUCUAACAGCAAUUCAUAAUAUUUUCCUUCGAGAACAUAAUCGUAUUGCACGAUAUUUGAAGCAAACAAACAAUUUUUGGAAUGAUGAAAAAUUAUAUCAAGAAGCUCGUCGAAUAAAUAUUGCACAACUUCAGAAUAUAAUUUUCAAAGAAUGGCUUCCAGUUGUUCUUGGUUGUGAAAAUAUGGAAAAAUGGGAUUUGAUGCCAAGAAAAAAUGGAUAUGACACAAGUUAUGAUGAAAAAUGUGAUGCUACAAUAUCUCAAGAAAUGUCAACUUCGGCUUUCCGUUUUGGACAUACUUUGAUUAGAGGAGUAUUUGCAAGAAUGAAUGAAGAUUUCAAAAAUAUGUCAAGUUCAGUAAAUUUGACUGAAACCUUCUCGAAUCCAACUCCAGUUUAUGAUAAAAAUGUUGGACAUAUGGAAUCAAUUCUUAUGGGUUUGAUUGGUACAAACAGUAUGGCUUUUGAUAGACAUAUUAUUACUGCUGUUCGAAAUCAUUUGUUCGCAAAACCUGGGGGACCAUUAACAGGUUUGGAUCUUCCAGCUGUAAAUAUUCAAAGAUCAAGAGAUCACGGUGUUCAAGGAUACAAUGCUUAUCGGCAAUAUUGUGGAUUGAGAAAAGCUCGAACUUUUGAUGAUUUUCGAGAUGUUAUGAGAUCUGAUGCAGUAACGGCUUUAGAAACCGCUUAUCAACAUGUUGAUGAUAUUGAUUUGUUCCCCGGAAUAAUGAGUGAAAAUCCAACAAAAGGAGCAUUAGUUGGACCAACUUUGGCAUGUUUGAUUGGAGAACAAAUGCAAAGAUUGAAGAAAUGUGAUCGAUUUUAUUUUGAGAACAAUGAUGCGAAUAUUCGUUUCACACCAGAUCAACUAAAUGAAAUCAGAAAAGCAAGUAUGUCAAGAAUGGUUUGUGAUAACAGUGAAUAUGCAGCAAAUAUUCAACCAAAUGUUUUCUUGAUGCCCGAUGAUUUAAGGUAAGUUAUGUUGAGAAUAAUAUUACUUUUCGAAACAGGUAGGUUACAGUAAUUCUCCAAUGGCAUGUUCUGAGUUACCGGAAGUUGAUUUGAAUAAAUGGGUCGAGCGAGAUUAUUGUAUUGUUGAUGAUCGAGUCGUAAGUCGUGGCAAAACCAAGAGAAUUACUCCUUGUAUCACUUGCACAUGUACAGCGGAAGGGGUGAGUUGUUGGAAAUUCUGAAGAGUUUAACACUAUUAUUGAAAUUUAGCCUGAAUGUCACUCGAUAACAAUUGAUGAUUGUUCUCGACUUCUCAAAGACUACACAGUUGCAGAUAUUGAAAAGGUAUAAUGUUUAUAUCUGAAAGCAUCUUGAAAUAUUGUUUCAUAUUUUUGUUUCAGGAUCCAGUUUGUUUGAUCCAAUGUGCUCAGCAAUUGAAAAAAUUGUAA